AUGGCUAAGAAAACCUUGAUGUCGUUAGGCACGCGAUUCAGCGGACCCGGUGGCGAUUGGAUUAUGUUGGCUUCCGAAUCUGAUCUGCGUGCAUACGUAUUGCGUCAACACUUGGGAAUAACUAACAUACUUAUGUUGAGAUCGAAUUUCGAUGAGAACUUGGUAUUGGAACCUGGCGAGACACCGUAUAACUAUGCUGUGAAAACUGCAGACGAAAAGGCGCGGAUCGUGGCUGACCGUGUUUUUAACCAUGAACAGAAUGGAGGACACAAUGCUUUUCGUAAUGAGGUGCGCAGCCCGUUCGGUAGCGUUCCCGAUGACUUCGAUUUUGAUAAGGUGAAAUUCGUUAUUGGUGCAGACACCGUGUGCUGGUGUAAGGAUGAGGUUUUCGGAAAGCCGAAAGACAGGACGGCUGCCCGCGAUCAGCUGCGCGCAUAUCAGAAGUAUGAUCCUGUAAUGGUCACCGGAGUGAGCAUUUACGUUGAAGACAGGCUUAAGGAUAGGAAUAUGAAACGUAUCUGCAGUUUCUACGAGCGCACCCUUGUACAUUUUACGGAUCUCAGUAACGAUGAAAUAGAGGCUUAUUUGGACACUGGGGAGUACAAGGGCGUGGCCGGUUCGUGCAAUUACACGGCCUUGGGUGAGACGUUGGUUCAGUGGGUUGAGGGAAGCUACACUGCGGCUGUGGGUAUACCAACUCACCAAUUCGCGUAUGAGAUUUGCUCCUACUUGAACGAGGGCACGAACCUUCACUAUCUGGUGGCCGACGGAGAGACGGGAGCGCUGCGUGUACGUGCUCGGGGAAAACGUUCUCCGGGUGACGAGGUAGAAGUGGUUUCAACUGCACCAGCUACUUCUGAAGAGGAGACGGCAUCAGCAGGUGAGGAAGAAACAGAGGAAUUGGAAACCGCCAACGUGGAGGGCAAUCCUCGUGCUGGGCGAAGAAGGCGUGAGGCUCCGGGGCCGGAACCAGAGCUACCAGAGGAGCAACUACAGGAGGGCCAAGAGGAGUCCCAGGAGGAGUACCCAGUAGAGGUGGUACCAGCCAGGGAUGAAAACGGGGAGCAAAGGGACGAAGAUGAACAAGAGGGUCAACUAGGGAAAGAGACAGAAGAGAAUGAAAUGAAGAAUGAGGAGAGCGAAGAGAGUGAAAAUGAGGUAGAACCAAACCCGGAGGAAGAAAAUACGGUGAGAUCAGAAGAGGAGAACGGGAGAGAGAGUGACGAAUACGAGGGCGAAGAAGAGGAUGAGGAAGAUGAAGAGGAGGAAGAAGAGGGAGAGAACGAAGCUAUGGAAACAACACGAGCCGGAAGAGGUAGGCGAUCGCUUCCUGUAGAGCUAGCAGGGCGCGAUUCGGAGUUAGAAAACUUCGAAGGUUCUGAACCAGGUGACAAUGCUGGCAGCGAGAAUUUGGAAACAACGGAGGAGGGCAUUCCUGAAUCUCGAAGCGGUGAAGUGUUCGACGAGGAUGAAGACCAAUAUGACGAAGACACUCUGUCAUCUGUGGGUCCCGAAAAUGAUGAAUACACAGGUGAUAUGGAAGAUUUAGAGGGCACUGGUGGAGAGGCUACCCCGUCGGCCCCAUCUGAACUAUCACCCCGCGGAGGGGACGUUGAGCGGGAACUCGAGUCCGGCACAUCAGAGGAGGUACUACCAGAGGAGGUACUACCAGAGGAGGAAGAGGUUCCGUUAGAGGAGGAGGGUGUGCCCGUGGGCACACCAGAGGAGGAAUCACCGGAGAUGGAGGAAACACUGGAACAGAAGGAAAACAUGGAAGAAACAGUGUCGGAAAACGGACUGGAGGAUGAAGACGAAGACUAG